UGCUCUUUUUCUUUCUUGAAAAUGAGCUCAAAAUUGCAGGUUAAUUUAUUGUUUGCUUUCUUGACUAUCACAGUGUGAUAAGAGUUGAAUAUUUGAGUAAAUAUAGUAGAAUUGAAGUGAGGUACUUGAAUUGACUGAAGCUGGAUUUAUAUUCUGCAAUUAUAUAUUUCAAUGAGUCUGAGAAGCUCCAUCAAUUUUAUUGAGCAUGUAUAUGAUUUGUUCUCUUUCUCUCUCUCUGGGUUUACUAUAUUACGAGAUUGGAUGUUUGGAUAAAGUUUCAGUCUAUUUCGAUACCGUUCUAAAAAUUCGGAGGCAGAAGAUGCAAAGAAAAGUUGCCUGCCAUAUGCCCUAUUAUAAAAGGUAUUCAUGAUGGAAGAAACAUCAGCUGAUGCUCAGAAGAGUGGCCAUGCUACAGAGGAUUCAUCAUCAAAUAACUCCAACAAGGAUGGAGGAUUAUCGAGUGGCAAUGGUUCAAAUUGUGCAGAAUCAAAAUCAAAAGGAUUGGUGAGACAGACAAAAUCACAACAUACUUUGAUAUUGAAAGUAGAGCAAUUACAGCGUAGCAGACGUUACAAUAAGCAAUCUUUUCUUUGAAGCAUUUGUGUCCUGGAGAGUUGGAUCCCAAAGCAUAUGGUAACCGUAGAUGAAAAUAUCUUCAUCGUUGCCUAGAAUUAAUUCAUAUUAGUGUGCAUCAAAAGCAGUCCCUUGCAAUAUCUCCCUAAACUUGGAAUGGGGGGAAUGGACAUUUUGUCUGAUGGUUAGUCCAGCUAAAAUUGAGAGUUAGAAUAGAUGUGAUUUCGCUAGGUUUCAUCUUGAUGCCGAUUGUUACCUGAGAAUGGCAGUGUGGUUGCUACUCCAGCAGGACCGCGGAUUGUUGGUUCUAUCAUGGGUAAUAAGAGUAUGGUAAAUACACUUAGUAGCCCUUUGUUUCACAAAUAUGGUACAUGUGAUGGUGAUGCCAAUUUUGAUGAACUGAGUUUCAGUGGCAUUGAAGGUUCUACAUGUUAUUAUGACAUGAACUCUCCAAGUGUGUUGAGCAAUUAUUCAUCAAACAAGCUGUACAAGGGAGCAUCUAUAUAUAAAUCUGAGCCGCAGCAUGAAAGGCUUGCUUUUGUCUCAACUACAAAUUCUACAUGUUCUGAUCCAUCGUCUUCAUCUCCUUCUGCCACUCUAUUUGUUAAUCAAGGAAUGCUCCAAUGCUCAUGGAAGGAUGGGAGCCCCCAUUUUGUUUUCUCUUUGGAUGAUCAAAAGGUGGUUUAUGUGGCCAACUUAUGGAAGGUUGAAUUCAUAGAUGAUAAAGCUGUGAACUAUACCUAUCUAUUCUAUUUAAGGAUGGGUGGCCAAAAGGAACAAGAGAUUUGUGAUAGUGCCUCUCAUCUUGUAGGUAAGAUGAAGGUAUCUACUUCCUUUACCCUGUGCCCAAACAAAUCUAGAAUCAUGGAGAGAGAGUUUGUUUUAUUUGGUUCUAAUGAAAAUCUUGUGCGAGUGCAAACUUCAAGCCAUGACCUCAAAAAGAAUGAGGGAUUGUCAAAGAAGGUGGCAGAAGUGUUCCGGACCAGUCAAUCAAUGAAGAAGAGAACUGCCUCCAGAUUUAUUGGAUCCAGUGCCAAACCAGCGGCCAUUCGUUCUUGGGAGCCCUUCCAAGAUACAGAUAACAAUACUGAUGCCCUUUGUGGGGCCAAUCUUUUAGAGAAUCAUCUUCCACCAAAUCUUGAAUUAGUUGCUAUUGUUGUGAAGGAUCAUCUUCCUGGGAAUCUUCAAGGGAAGGGUGGAGGUUGGGGCUUGAAAUUUCUCAAGAAUGUGAAACAAACAGAUGAUCUCAUGGAAUUCUCACAACCUUCUGGUUGUUGUGUGCAAGAUACUGGUGACUGUUCAACAAGUAUGGAUGUUCUUAUUCCAGCUGGUCUUCAUGGUGGUCCAACGACCAGAAAUGGUGGUCCUUCCAGUCUCAUUGAAAGGUGGAGAUCAGGUGGAUGUUGUGACUGCUAUGGCUGGGACUUAGGGUGCCCAUUAACAGUGCUUAAGAAAAGAUUGGGUAACAAAGAGCUUUCACCCCAACCAGACAUGCAGGGAGGGUGCAAAUUAGUUGAUUUCAUCAUACAGGGUUCAGAGAACAGUGCUCCCCCCUUGAGGAUGGUGAAUGUCCAUAGUGGCUUGUAUUUUGUUAAUUUUCAGUCAAUGCUUUCGGCUUUGCAGUCUUUCUCAAUAGCAGUGGCAUUUAUUCAUGCCCAAAGUCCUGCUCUCCGACCCCAAAAUGUACAGGAGUUCAAGUGGCAAGAUUCAGGAUUGAGCUUUAAGUAGCUAGUGUAACACUCUUACUGUACUACUUACAGCACUUUGUAAGUCAAUAUUUAAGUAUUUAUACACAAAUUCUGAAGUUAACUUUUGUCAUUUUUCUGAUUAGUUAACUUGUUUGGCGUCAGAUAUCUUCUGAUCAUAGGUUUGUUGGCUCCUGCUACUGCCAGUUAUUGAGAUUGUUUAUCCUCAAUUUUCUGAUGAGAAAACUCAUGUACUCAGUUAAAAAUAACCUAAAUAACUUUUGAAUUAUAAUCUGGUAACCUCUCUCAAUGUAAUCAUAUGUUGUUGAAGGAACAGAGUGAAGCUCUUGUUCUCGUUAUAUCCUUUAGAGGAUGUUAAAGUUGGAGCCUU